AAUCAGAGCUCCUUAUUUUCUAUUCGCGAGCUUUAUAAGCUUGCCCGGUUGUGUUUUCUUGGAAAAUCCAAUAAUUUACCGUGCUUUAAUUUCUUUAAUCGUUUUAAGUUUGAAGAAAAGAGUGAAUAAUGGCUAAAGCUAAGUAUGAUGACGACCCCGAGCUUUUUGAGGUGAAAAAUGAAGACCCAGACUUUGGCAUCCCGCCAUGGGAAGAAGAAAAAAAAGCAGAUUAUUGGAUGGGCGGUGUAUUUCAGUGUUUUUCCGACGUGGUGUCUAUAUUUAAAGGCGAAGAAUACAAAUCCCUAAAAGAAAAUGUGGAAAUUCCAAUUGAAAAAAUAACAGACUUGUUUUACUUGGGUUCUGGAGCUCAAGGUGUGGUAUUUGGAGCACAACUUAAUGGCGAAAAGGUUGCUGUUAAACAGUUACGCACUAAAAAUGAGACUGAUAUCAGACAUCUCUUGAAGUUGAAUCAUGAAAAUAUUGUUCGCUUUGUGGGGGUGUGCACAAACCCACCAGACUUCUGCAUUAUUAUGGAGUACUGUCAAUAUGGAUCACUGUUUGACUUCAUUCAUAGCAACACUGUUUUUAUGCCAAAGCAAUUAUUAAAAUGGGCUAAAGACAUUGCUCGUGGCAUGGCAUAUCUACAUUCUCAUAAGAUUAUCCAUCGAGAUCUUAAAAGCCCCAACAUACUCAUCUCUGAUGAAUUGGUGGUAAAAGUGAGCGACUUUGGCACGAGCCGUGAAUGGAAUGACGUCAGUGCAGUUAUGAGCUUCACUGGCACUGUGGCCUGGAUGGCUCCAGAAGUGAUACGCCACGAACCGUGCUCUGAGCGAGUUGAUGUUUGGUCAUUUGGUGUUGUCAUGUGGGAGUUGCUCACUGCUGAAGUGCCGUACAAGAACCUAGAGACACAUGCAAUUAUGUGGGGCGUUGGAACCAACUCAAUUGCUCUUCCGAUACCUAGCAAUUGUGCUAGCAGCUUGCAACAAUUGCUUAAACAAUGCUGGAACCGUGUACCGCGUAACCGGCCGCCAUUCAAGAUCAUAGCUGCCCAUUUAGAGAUGGCAGGAGGAGAUCUACGCAAUAUGGAUACGGAGACAUUUAAAAACAUACAAACUGGAUGGCGAGCUGAAGUUCACCAGUGCAUGGAGCGUCUGUAUGCCAGAAGCCCAAAUACUUUCACGCAAGAGACCACGGACGUUGUGGCUCAGCGUCGUGAAGAUCUUAAGCAAGCACGCGAUCUCCGCUACGUUUACGAACAGCAAGUGUCGAGGGCUAACGAGCUGUUUCUAGAAGUCUGCGCUGUCAGACUUCAGCUCGAACAACGUGAAAGAACCAUCGCUGAGAAAGAGAACGCGUUAAACGAGUGUCGUUGCGGACACCGUGCUAAAUUAUUCCAGCGUCAAACAUCAUCUUCUUCUGAUGGCAUGAAAAUGCCGAUUCUUGAGCAACGCCGUCGCAAGAAGAAAAUCGAGCCGGUCAUUCCCACUCAAGUAGUCGUUCAGUACGACGAAAAAAACUCAGACACCACGACAGUUGUCGACCACGCUUCUUGUCCAUGCACUGAGCAAGUUCGCUAUUAUCAGAACAACAACCAGACAAAGAAGGAUACUGUCAUUGAAAUGGAAGAUAAUGGGAAUGUCAUUGUCAAGGACACGGCCAAUAAUGAUUUCCUUAAUGAUAAUUAUAUUCCAGAUGUUGCUCAAGUUUAACUUAAUGUUUUCCUUGUGAGGGCAACACUAUUUUUUGUAUUUUUACUAACGUUGGUUUUCGUGGUUUUCUGUUUUUCGCGGUUCGAUUCAUGGUAAUUUCAUUAUUUGAUUUGGAUUGAGUUUUUGACAUUAAUUAUGAAUUUUUUAUUACCCAUUCGAUGCCAAACGGAUCUCAUUAAUUUUAGUUGAGUCGAGUAUAAAUUCGUUUAUUAGAUAAUGUGUUGCUAAAAGUGUUUAUUGGCAGCAUUUUAAGUUCUGCAUUUGUGCCCACACAAAUUUCGGGUUGCCUGAAAGCACGGCCUUUCCAACGGCCACGAAAAAAAUUUUUUAUUUAGAACGGUUACUCGAUAACUGUUUAAAUACUUAAACUUAAAUUAGUGUUUCGAAAAAUGUAUCCUAAAACUAUCUAAUUUUAAUGUUAAAUAAAUACGUAACUACGUAACAAACUGAAUCGCCAUUUAAAACGGUUACUCUGAAUUGAGUAUUGCUAAAAAUGUUUAGUGAUAAGAUUCUAAGUUCUGCAGUAGUGCUUACACAAAUUUCAGGCUGCCUGAAUAAAUUUGCAGCGGCCACGUUAAUAACUAAAUCGCCAUUUAAAACGGUUACCAGCUAACUUCUUAGGUAAUUAAUCGUAAUUGAGUAUUGCUAAAAAUAUUUAGUGGCAGCAUGCUAAGGUCUGCAUUCUUGCUCAAGCAAAUUUCAGGUUGCCUGAAAGCCUAUGCAACGGCCACGAAAAAAACUAAAUCUAUAUUUAGAACGGUUACUUGAUAACUGUUUAAAUAAUUAGUCGUAAUUGAGUAUUCAUAAAAAUGUUUAGUGAUAAGAUUCUAAGUUCUGCAGUAGUGCUUACACAAAUUUCAAGCUGCAUGAAUAAAUUUGAAAGGGUGACGUGAAUAACUAAAUUGCCAUUUAGAACGGUUACCCGCUAACUUUUUAGGUAAUUAAUCGUAAUUGAGUAUUGCUAAAAAUGUUUAGUGGCAGCAUGCUAAGUUCUGAAUUCUUGUUUAAGCAAAUUUCAGGUUGCCUGAAAGCCUUUGCAACGGCCACGAAAAAAACUAAAUCGCUAUUUAGAACGGUUACUUGAUAACUGUUUAAAUAAUUAAUCGUAAUUGAGUAUUGAUAAAAAUGUUUAGUGAUAAGAUUCUAAGUUUUACAGUAGUGCUUACACAAAUUUCAAGCUGCAUGAAUAAAUUUGAAAGGGUGACGUGAAUAACUAAAUUGCCAUUUAGAACGGUUACCCGCUAACUUUUUAGGUAAUUAAUCGUAAUUGAGUAUUGCUAAAAAUGUUUAGUGGCAGCAUGCUAAGUUCUGAAUUCUUGUUUAAGCAAAUUUCAGGUUGCCUGAAAGCCUUUGCAACGGCCACGAAAAAAACUAAAUCGCUAUUUAGAACGGUUACUUGAUAACUGUUUAAAUAAUUAAUCGUAAUUGAGUAUUGAUAAAAAUGUUUAGUGAUAAGAUUCUAAGUUUUACAGUAGUGCUUACACAAAUUUCAAGCUGCCUGAAUAAAUUCGAAAGGGUGACGUGAAUAACUAAAUUGCCAUGUAGAACGGUUACCUGCUAACUUUUUAGGUAAUUAAUCGUAAUUGAGUAUUGCUAAAAAUGUUUAGUGGCAGCAUGCUAAGUUCUGCAUUCUUGUUUAAGCAAAUUUCAGGUUGCCUGAAAGCCUAUGCAACGGCCACGAAAAAAACUAAAUCGCUAUUUAGAACGGUUACUUGAUAACUGUUUAAAUAAUUAGUCGUAAUUGAGUAUUGCUAAAAAUGUUUAGUGAUAAGAUUCUAAGUUCUGCAGUAGUGCUUACACAAAUUUCAAGCUGCCUGAAUAAAUUUGAAAGGGUGACGUGAAU